UGCGCGCGUCCAGCAGCGGCGUGGGGAGCGCCCGGAGGCGGGGGCAGGCAGGCGGACAGCGGCUACCGGGCGGCCGGGGAGCAUGCCCGCGCAGCCCAGCUGAAUGGCGCCUUCUCUGCGACCCCUCGCCCGGCUGCGGCCGCCAGGGAUGCUGCUCCGCGCGCUCCUGCUCCUGCUGCUGCUCGGCUCCGGUCCAGGAGUGUGGUGCUUUAGUGAACUGUUUUUUAUAAAAGAACCACAGGAUGUAACUGUCACAAGAAAGGACCCAGUCGUUUUAGAUUGCCAGGCUCAUGGCGAAGUUCCUAUUAAGGUCACAUGGUUGAAAAAUGGAGCAAAAGUGUCUGAAAAUAAACGGAUCCAGGUUCUGUCUAACGGCUCUUUAUACAUCAGUGAAGUGGAAGGCAAGCGAGGAGAGCUGUCUGAUGAAGGAUUUUAUCAGUGCUUGGCAAUGAACAAAUAUGGAGCCAUUCUUAGUCAAAAAGCGCAUCUUACCUUGUCAACGAUUUCUACAUUUGAAGUUCAGCCGAUUUCUACUGAGGUCCAAGAAGGUGGAGUUGCUAGAUUUGCAUGCAAGAUUUCCUCAAACCCUCCUGCAGUCAUCACAUGGGAGUUAAAUCGGACAACUCUGCCUGUAACUAUGGACAGGAUAACUGCCUUACCAACAGGAGUACUGCAGAUCUAUGAUGUUGGCCAAAAGGAUGCUGGAAAUUAUCGUUGUGCUGCUGCUACUGUAGCCCACAGACGUAAAAGUAUGGAAGCCUCUCUGACAGUGAUUCCAGCUAAGGAGUCUAAUUCCUUCUACACACCAACCAUUAUAGCAGGCCCACAGAACAUAACAACGUCUCUUCAUCAGACGGUUGUUUUGGAAUGCGUGGCCACAGGAAAUCCCAAACCAAUCAUUUCUUGGAGCCGCCUUGAUCACAAGUCCAUUGAUGUCUUUAAUACUCGGGUACUUGGAAAUGGUAAUCUCAUGAUAUCUGAUGUCAAGCUGCAACACGCUGGAGUAUAUGUUUGUCGGGCCACAACCCCAGGCACACGCAACUUUACAGUUGCCAUGGCAACCUUAACUGUCUUAGCUCCACCUUCAUUUGUUGAAUGGCCAGAAAGUUUAACAAGGCCUCGAGCUGGCACGGCUCGAUUUGUAUGUCAAGCAGAAGGAAUCCCCUCACCCAAAAUGUCAUGGUUGAAAAACGGGAGGAAGAUACAUUCAAAUGGGAGAAUUAAAAUGUACAACAGUAAAUUGGUAAUUAACCAGAUUAUUCCUGAAGACGAUGCCAUUUAUCAGUGCAUGGCUGAGAACAGCCAAGGAUCUAUUUUAUCUAGAGCCAGACUGACCGUAGUAAUGUCAGAAGACAGACCCAGCGCUCCAUACAAUGUGCAUGCUGAAACCAUGUCCAGUUCAGCGAUCCUUUUGGCUUGGGAGAGGCCACUUUAUAAUUCAGACAAAGUCAUCGCUUACUCUGUGCACUACAUGAAAGCAGAAGGUUUAAAUAACGAAGAGUAUCAAGUAGUCAUCGGAAAUGACACAACUCAUUAUAUUAUUGAUGACUUAGAACCUGCUAGCAAUUAUACUUUCUACAUUGUGGCAUAUAUGCCAAUGGGAGCCAGCCAGAUGUCUGACCAUGUGACCCAGAAUACUUUAGAGGAUGUUCCACUGAGGCCUCCUGAAAUCAGUUUGACGAGUCGAAGUCCCACUGAUAUCCUCAUCUCCUGGCUGCCGAUCCCGGCCAAGUACCGACGUGGUCAGGUGGUCCUCUACCGCCUAUCCUUCCGCCUGAGUACUGAGAAUUCUAUCCAAGUUCUGGAGCUCCCGGGAACCACACACGAGUACCUUUUGGAGGGCCUGAAACCCGAUAGUGUCUACCUGGUGCGGAUUACUGCUGCCACCAGGGUGGGGCUGGGAGAGUCAUCUGUGUGGACCUCACAUAGGACACCCAAAGCUACAAGUGUGGAAGCCCCUAAGUCGCCAGAGUUGCAUUUGGAGCCUCUGAACUGCACCGCCAUUUCUGUGAAGUGGCAGCAAGAUGCGGAGGACACAGCAACCAUUCAGGGCUACAAGCUGUACUACAAAGAAGAAGGGCAGCAGGAAAAUGGACCCAUAUUCUUAGAUACCAGUGACUUUCUCUACACUCUCAGUGGUUUAGACCCCAGAAGAAAGUACCACGUGAGGCUUCUGGCUUACAACAACAUAGAAGAUGGCUAUCAGGCAGAUCAGACAGUCAGCACUCCGGGAUGCGUGUCUGUUCGUGAUCGCAUGGUUCCCCCUCCACCGCCACCCCACCAUCUCUAUGCGAAGGCUAACACCUCAUCUUCCAUCUUCCUGCACUGGAGGAGGCCUGCGUUCACCACUGCACAAAUAAUUAACUACACCAUCCGCUGUAACCCUGUCGGCCUGCAGAAUGCUUCUUUGGUUCUAUACCUUCAAACAUCAGAAACUCACAUGUUGGUUCAAGGUCUAGAACCAAACACCAAAUACGAAUUUGCUGUACGACUGCAUGUGGACCAGCUUUCCAGCCCUUGGAGUCCCGUUGUCUACCAUUCAACACUUCCAGAAGCACCGGCAGGCCCACCAGUAGGAGUAAAAGUGACGUUGAUAGAAGAUGACACUGCUCUGGUUUCUUGGAAACCACCUGAUGGCCCAGAGACUGUGGUGACACGCUACACCAUCUUGUACGCUUCCAGGAAGGCCUGGAUUGCAGGAGAGUGGCAGGUCCUACACCGAGAAGGGGCAAUAACCAUGGCUCUGUUAGAAAACCUGGUGGCAGGAAACGUGUACAUUGUCAAGAUAUCUGCAUCCAAUGAGGUGGGAGAAGGACCCUUUUCAAAUUCUGUGGAGCUGGCAGUCCUUCCAAAGGAAACCUCUGAAUCUAAUCAGAGGCCCAAGCGUUUGGAUUCAGCUGAUGCCAAAGUUUAUUCAGGCUACUACCAUCUGGACCAAAAAUCAAUGACUGGCAUUGCUGUAGGCGUUGGCAUAGCCUUGACCUGCAUCCUCAUCUGUGUUCUCAUCCUGAUAUACCGAAGUAAAGCCAGGAAAUCAUCUGCUUCCAAGACGGCACAGAAUGGAACUCAGCCGUCCUCUCGCACCAGUACCUCCCUAGCCGGUGGAAGUGAAGCUGGAAAGAACCUGGGGGGAGUUGUAGAAAAUGAAGAAUCCUUAAUGCCAAUGAUAAUGCCAAACAGCUUCAUUGAUGCAAAGGGAGGAACUGACCUGAUAAUUAAUAGCUAUGGUCCUAUAAUUAAAAACAACUCUAAGAAAAAAUGGCUAUUUUUCCAAGAUUCUAAGAAGAUAAAAGUUGACCAGCCUCAAAGAAGAUUUACUCAAGCAGUGUGCUUUUACCAGCCAGGCACCACUGUGUUGAUCAGUGAUGAAGACUCCCCCAGCUCCCCGGGUCAGACCGCCAGCUUCCCAAGACCCUUUGGUGUUGUUGCCGCUGAGACAGAGCACUCCGCAAACAGCGAAGGCAGCCAUGAGACUGGGGAUUCUGGAAGGUUCUCCCAUGAGUCCAAUGAUGAGAUCCACCUGUCCUCAGUCAUCAGCACCACGCCCCUGACCUCCAGUUCCUUCACCGGCAGUGAUUCAGGUGGGGAUGGCUCUGUGAGGAAGUGUGAAGACCCAGCCACACCGCCAGAUGCCGAGCAGACGACUUCUUCGGGUCUGCAGCCGCUGUCUGCCAUGCUGCGCUUUGACAAAAAUGAUUUUCCAAUCUAG